AUGUUACAUUUUAAUUAUGUGGGAAGUGAAGAUGCCUAUGUUGCAUUUUUCCAGUUAAGGUACAUGGACAGCAGAGAAGAUGAACAGAUCCAAGGGAUCACUAUGAAAUCCAGUGCCAUUUCACUGCAUUAUGCAACAGGCUCGAUUGAGGUAAUGAUUAAUCUGGUAGAUUCUCCAGGACACGUGGACUUUUCCUCAGAAGUAUCAACUGCUGUUUGCAUUUGUGAUGGAUGCAUCAUUGUGAUAGAUGCUGUGGAAGGAGUCUGUCCACAAACACAGGCAGUUCUGCGACAAGCUUGGCUUGAAAACAUCUGUACAGUUUUAGUGAUUAAUAAGAUAGAUUGCUUGAUAGUGGAACUGAAAUUCACCCCACAAGAGGUCUAUUCUCACCUCAAGAGUAUUUUAGAACAGAUUAAUGCACUCACAGGAACUCUUUUUACUUCUAAAGUCCUAGAAGAAAGAGCGGAGAGAGAGACUGAAUCCCAAGUGAAUCCAAAUUCUGAACAAGAAGAGCAAGUAUAUAACUGGAACGCUGGCUCGGAGGACACAGAUGAUUCUCACCUUUACUUCUCCCCAGAACAGGAAAAUGUAGUGUUUACCAGUGCAAUAGAUGGGUGGGACUUUGGAAUUGAGCACUUCGCCAGAAUCUACAGUCAAAAAAUUGGCAUCAAAAAGGAAGUUCUUAUGAAAACCUUGUGGGGAGAUUACUAUAUAAAUAUGAAGGCUAAAAAGAUCAUGAAGGGUGAUCAGGCCAAAGGAAAGAAACCUUUAUUUGUACAGUUGAUCCUGGAAAAUAUAUGGAGUUUGUAUGACGCUGUCUUGAAAAAGGACAAAGACAAAAUUGAUAAAAUAGUGACUUCUUUAGGAUUAAAAAUUGGAGCCCAAGAGGCACGACAUUCAGACCCUAAAGUUCAGAUCAAUGCCAUUUGCAGUCAGUGGCUACCCAUAUCCCAUGCUGUUCUUGCGAUGGUGUGUCAGAAACUUCCUAGUCCCCUUGAUAUUACAGCCAGGAGAGUGGAGAGACUGAUGUGUAUAGGAUCACAAACUUUUGACUCUCUUCCACCAGAAACUCAAGCACUGAAAGCAGGGACAAUAGUCACUAAUACUGAGAUGAAGGAGACCAGAGGUGAGAAUGUUGACUGAAGAUUCAAAUGUCAGGCUGGAAGGUGAA